AUGCUCGCCCUCACGCUCUUCCCGCUCCUCGCAGCCGCACGGCAGAUACCUCUUUUACCUCCAGAAUCUAACCUUUCAGGGUUACGGGACAGACUGGUUCGCGCCCUGCCAGAGAUUGAAGCCCUCAAGAACAUCGGCGGCACGACUGGCAUGUCCAUCGGCGUCAUGAGCCACGGAAACAUCGUUCUAGAGACUAACCUUGGCUUUGCCGAUGUCGAGCGCCGUCUGGUAGCCGACUCCAGCACGAUAUACCCCAUCGCGUCUCUCACAAAGGCUUUUACCGCCGUGAUGAUUGCGCAGUUGGUUGAUGAAGGUCUACUCAGCUGGGAUGAGCCCCUGAACAGCUACAUCCCCAAACUCUCGUUUGAGCACGAUCCAUCCCUCGCCGGUCAACUCUCCCUCGUCGACCUCUUAUCGCACCGUACAGGACUUGCUCAACUCGACAACCUCUGGCUAGGCGCCGACAGCCAAACCUUGGUAGCCAAGAACUUUACGGUUUCGCUGUGUAAUCACUUAGUACCCAUGUAUCCCGUGAGAUCACAGUGGCUAUACAACAACUGGAUGUAUGCGCUGGCAGGCGAGGUCAUUGAGAGAGUCACAAACCAGUCCUGGGGCCAGGUGCUCUCUGCCCGAGUGCUGAACCGACUUCGGCUCUCACAUACUUCAGCCAUCGCGUCUGAAAUCCCCCGGGACUCGCUGGCGCUGCCAUAUGUGGUCCUCGACGACUUGACGGCAGUACGCGUUGGCAGUUUCGACCUCGCCGACGGCAGCGCCAUGGCUGCUGCGGGCGGCAUCCGCAGCACCGUCGGCGACCUUCUCACCUGGGGCAACGCUCUCCUUUCAGUCUUCCGGGACGGCGAGACACCACUCGCCCUUCUCGACGCCGUCUUCUCCGGCCGCAGCUUCAUGAACAGCACCGCUACACCAGACAAGCUUUAUACAAUGGGCUUCGUAAAAGUCAUGACCCCAGCGCAAGUCGGCACGUUAGGUGUCAACCCCAGCCUCGUUGACGCCAUGCCCCUGAUAGGCACCAGCUCGAAACCCCAACAAGUCUUUUAUCACAGCGGCGCCCUCACUGGUUACAACCACUGCUUCAUACUGGUUCCGGAGUCUCAAUCCGUCAUAGUCGUCCUAUCCAACUCCAUUUCCCAAGGAGAAACCCCCUGCUGGGUCGCCCAAUCUCUCCUCCAAGCCGUCCUAAACGAGAAGCACCCCCUCGACAUGACUCAAUUUGCAGAGCAAGCCGCCGCCAAAUGGAGAACAAUUCACCAAGGAAUCUCAGAAGCUCUCGAAAAGGGCCGCAAGCCGAACUCGCCAGAACCCAUACACGAACUUCUCCUAGGCAAGUACUGGCACAAGACCCGAGCGAUAUAUCUCGACGUAUUUCAGGAAAACGGUGCCCUCAAAUUCAACAUCAACGGGAAGCUGGAGCAAGAGCACGUCCUGUCACACUACAGCGACGAUACGUUCGUCUUCUUGCCUUCGGCUGACGAGCGGAUUCACAAGGGCCUGUUCCUCUAUGGCCCUCCCUCGUGGCUUUUACAUUUCAAAAAGGACUCGAGCGGAAUUUUCACAGAAAUUCAGUGGGAUAUGGGCAACCAUACUCCCUUUCCAGAGAAGUUUACCAGAGAAUAA